UUUGCGCAUGUGCAGUCCGUUUUAAAUUGCGUAAGGCGCCGGGUGCGGCUGGGCGAGCUCCUGAGGCCGGGGCUUUUUGCCUCCCGUGUCUUCCGCCGCCUUUGGCUGUCAGGCGCUGCUGGGUUCCCGCCUGGCUCCUGCGCUGGUUACUCGGUCUUUGCUGGGCUGCCCUGAGCUGCGGCCGUGUGGACUUCCGCCCCAAAGCCCUGCGCGGGCGGAACCGGCCGCAACAUGGCUGCGUGGGGGCUGGAUCAUCUCAAAAAUGGCUAUAGAAGAAGAUUUUGCCGACCUUCCAGAGCACCUGACAUUAAUACGGAGCCAAACCAGAAUAUACUGGAAAUCUUACUAGACUGUUUUGAAGAGAAAAGUCUUCCCAAUGAUUUUAGCACAAAUUCUACAAAAUCAGGACUUAAUUCAACACCUAAAAUAAAGGACAGUUGUAUUCAGUCACCAAGAAAAGAGAUUCAGUGCCAGGAAGCACAUCCAGAAUCAGAUCCAGUUUCUUCAAAGAAGAAACAAGCCUCUAUGCAGUUAAUUGUAGAACCAGGUGAAGCUGUCAACACAUCAGUUCAGGCCCAUGAGGUUCAUCACAAAAUUUUGGCAACUGAGAUUCAUUCAGAACACACAUCUGACUUGAGAAAAAUGUCAGGUAAAAAGCUAAAAGAUCAUCACAAGGAAGCUGAUGAAGAAUUUUACUUAUCUAUUGGAUCACCUUCUGACCUGGAUGCAAAAGCAUCUUUAUUGCAAAAGGCUGUUCCAUCUGUGGCCCAAAAGAGAGAGACCUACACAUCUGAAAAUUCAGUAAAUACCAUGUCUUCAAGUACAGAGAGUUCUCGUAAAACCAAAAAAAGGUUAAACUUUGGAGAUAAAGAUGUUUUAAAGAAAGUAGAAAUAGUGAAUAAUACUUCAGAAAUAGGGGAUAAAGUAUCAGAAGGACCACAAGAGAAGAAACAGUCAGGAACAUCUGAAAAAAGAAUACAAGGUUCAGAAUAUGAAGAUCAACCACAGACUAGAAAGAGUUUUUCAACAUUGUUUUUAGAAACUGUAAAAAGAAAAAACGAAUCCAGUUCUGUUGUUAGGCAUAUAGCAACUGCUCCACCUCAUUUAUCUCCUGCAAAUAAUACGAAGUUAUUAGAAGAUGAAUUUAUAAUUGAUGAAUCGGAUAAAAGUUUCGCCAAUCAAUCUUGGAUUACUAUACCAAGAAAGUCUGGGCCUCUGAUACAUGGCACUGUAUCCCCUGCUGAGAGCACUGCACUUCAGAGGAAGAAGUCAAGGGAAAAAUGUGAUAGUGUAUCAUCUACAGCUUUGACAAGUGACAAACAUUCUAGCAAAGCUCACCCAGUAGAGAAAUCUCAGCCUUUUGAACAAAACAUACUGGGUGGGAGUUGUGCUUCGACAGAUGAAAUGGAAAAUAAUUGUAAAUCUGCAAAAUAUGAAAUGUAUUCUGAGAAUGGAAAAAAAUCAUCUGGAAACAAAAGGACUAUAAAGCAAAGACAGGGAACACAAUUUAAGGCCAAUGUAGUGGAAGAACAAGUUGAUAUGGAACACACUAAAGAUAAAAAUAUAAAUAUAUCACAUAUUGCCCAAGACAAGUUACAGAGAAAUUCGGGCCAAAAUAUGGAAGAACGUGAAGAGAUAGGUGUCCAGAUUUCCAAAAAAGAGAUGCCACCUAUGGGAAGCAAGAGAGGUAGCACCAAUAUUCCUUAUACAAUGAAUAAGAAAAAAGAUAAAGAAUGCAAAAAGAAGUGUUUUUCAGAUGGGUCUAAGAAAAACAGAAUUUUACCUGAAGAGUUGACUUCGACUGUCACGAGGAGUAGAAGAAUUUCCAGGUGUCCAUCUGAUUGGUGGGUGGUAAAAUCAGAGCAGAGUCUUUUUUAUAGUAAUUCUUCAACAAGAAAUGAAUUGUCAGUGAAUCACAACCGUAAACAAAAACCUGCUGAAAAAACAAACCAAUCAUCUAAGAAUACUGGGAAAAAAACUAUUCCAUUUAAAAGGCAGAAGAAAACUACUGAAGGCAGCUCAAGAGCACAGAAGAUUUUAAAUGCUAAAGAUGCUGGAGAAAUUAUUGACCGAGAAGAAAUUUUCAGUUGUUCCCGGAAUGAAUCACUGGAAGGCAAUGAGGCAGUCCAGGCAAAGAAGGAAAACCACAAUCCUUCUGGAGAUACAGGUGGCACAAAGGAUCAAGAUAGUGUGGUUGUACAAAAUGUUCCUUUAAAGUCUCAAAUCAGCAGAUACAUGUGCAAGACACCAGCAGAGUCUAACUUGGAUUCUGGAGAGCCUGAAACUUCAGUUUUGGAGGAAAGUGGACCAUCUAGGCUCAAGAACUGUUUAACAUCUGGAAAGAAUAAUUCAGAUGUGGAUGAUAAUGAAGUUCAGCAAAGUUCAGAUGAUCCAAGAGUAGAAAGAUGUAACUCAACGCCAGAGAACAAAAUGCAUCACAAAUUAGUAUUGCCCUCCAACACACCAAAUGUUCGCAGGACCAUGAGAACACGAUCGAAACCUUUGGAAUACUGGCGAGGGGAGCGAAUAAAUUAUCAAGGAAGACCAUCAGGAGGAUUUGUGGUUGGUGGAAUACUGUCCCCAGACACAGUAUCAUGUAAAAGGAAAACAAAAGGAAACUUGGGAAAAGUCAACACAGCAGUGAAUAGGAAAAGGAUCUGCCUUGAUAACGAUGAAAGAAAGAAUAAAUUGAUGGUAAAUCUGAAUGUACCUCUAGGAGAUCCUUUGCAGCCAACAAGGGUAAAAGACCCAGAAACAAGAGAGAUUAUUCUUAUGGAUCUUGUAAGGCCACGAGAUACAUAUCAAUUUUGUGUUGAACAUGGUGAAUUGAAAGUAUAUAAAACAUUGGAUACACCCUUUUUUUCUACUGGAAAAUUGAUAUUGGGACCACUUCAAGAAAAAGGAAAGCAGCAUGUUGGUCUGGAUACCUUGGUUUUUUAUGUUAACUUCGGUGACCUUUUAUGUACCUUACAUGAAACACCUUAUAUAAUAACAACUGGGGAUACGUUUUAUGUACCUUCAGGUAAUUAUUAUAACAUCAAAAAUCUCCUGAAUGAGGAAAGUAUUCUUCUUUUUACUCAGAUAAAAAGUUGAAAGAUGAAGCAAAGUUUAAGUACAUGUAUAUAUAUAUAUAAACAUACAUAUGUACAUA